AGCCCUCCUCCCCUCUUCCUCCCAUUAGCAGCAGCAGCGUCGACCAGCAGAGCACAAGCCGGCAGCGAUUGAGCGAGGGAGGAACACGAUGAGCGGCGGCGGUCAGGAUCUGCAGCUGCCGCCGGGGUUCCGGUUCCACCCGACGGACGAGGAGCUGGUGAUGCACUACCUCUGCCGCCGCUGCGCCGGCCUGCCCAUCGCCGUCCCCAUCAUCGCCGAGAUCGACCUCUACAAGUUCGACCCAUGGCAGCUCCCCAGGAUGGCGCUGUACGGCGAGAAGGAGUGGUACUUCUUCUCCCCGCGGGACCGCAAGUACCCGAACGGGUCGAGGCCGAACCGCGCCGCCGGGUCCGGCUACUGGAAGGCCACCGGCGCCGACAAGCCCGUGGGCACGCCCAAGCCGCUCGCCAUCAAGAAGGCGCUCGUCUUCUACGCCGGCAAGGCGCCCAAGGGCGAGAAGACCAACUGGAUCAUGCACGAGUACCGCCUCGCCGACGUCGACCGCUCCGCCCGCAAGAAGAACAGCCUCAGGUUGGAUGACUGGGUCCUGUGCCGCAUCUACAACAAGAAGGGCGGGCUGGAGAAGCCGUCGGCGGUCGCCGGCGGCGACCACAAGCCGAUGUUCGCAGCGGCCGCGGUGAGCUCCCCACCGGAGCAGAAGCCGUUCGUGGCGGCGCCGGGCGGGCUUCCCCCAUUCCCGGACCUGGCGGCGUACUACGACCGGCCGUCGGACUCGAUGCCGCGGCUGCACGCGGACUCCAGCUGCUCGGAGCAGGUGCUGUCGCCGGAGCAGCUGGCGUGCGACCGGGAGGUGCAGAGCCAGCCCAAGAUCAGCGAGUGGGAGCGCACCUUCGCCUCCGACCCCGUCAACCCCGCCGGCUCCAUGCUCGACCCCGUCGUCGGUGGCCACGCCGGCGACCCGCUGCUGCAGGACAUCCUCAUGUACUGGGGCAAGCCGUUCUAGACGAAGACGACGACGCGAUCGAAGGUCAUCAAUCAAAGGGGGGAAUUUAUUUAAAAAAAAAGAAGGCGCUGCGGUUGGUUGGUUGAUCUGUCUUGGGCAGCGCAAUGCAAUGCGACGCAACCGCUCGGUGUGGGCUUGACUCAGGCGAGCCGCCAUUGUUGACCUCGUUGAGGAGGAGAUAGGUUAUGAAACUAUAGCUGGAUUGGAUAAGGCGGCAAUGAGACCGUGUGGCCCCGCCGGAAGGGAGGGAGACGGACGGAUGGCACAGUGCAUUGGGUGGUCGAUCGUGCGCGGCAUGUGUGUGUGUGUGUGUUCUUGUACAUAUACAUACAGUACAUGAUUGGUUCAGUGCAGGGUUUCUGUUCCUUCAUUGGUUAGUAGUAAUUCUAUUUUAUAAGGUCCUGUAGUUGCAAUCUCCAAUGGGGGUAGGUAGUGCAGGCUAUAUAGAUACUCCAUUUGUCAUCGUCAAGCUUCGAGUAGCACAGAGUAUAUUGUAGCUGUUGGCUCUUUGAAAAAACUGAAACGGGAAUUAUGUUAUUUCGAUCAUUUUGCUGGUCGCGUCUGAA